AUGGAGGCGCUCAUGAGCGAGACGGACAAGUACGAGCUCAAGGACAUUUUCGCCGUGGAGGAGACGCCCGUGCUGUACACGAUGCCGCCCGUGCAGAACGCGCUGGAGGACGGCCGCAUGCGCUGCAAGAAGCGCUUCGUGGUGUCGCUGGCCGCCAACGCCGACGGCUCGGAGAAGCUGCAGCCGCUGUUUGUGUCGCACCACGAGCACCCCAAGUGCUUCCAGAAGAAGACGGCCGAGCAGCACGGCCUGCACUACUUCUGGAACAACAAGGCGUGGAUGACGGGCGUCAUCUUCUCGCGCUGGCUGCAGCGGCUGGACUUCGCCAUGGCCAACCAGAAGCGCCGCAUCUUGUUGUUCAUCAACGACAUGCCCUCGCACGUGGUCGCGCACCUCGACCUGAAGAACAUCGUGGUGUUCAUGCUGACCCCUGCUGUCAUGCAGAUGCUGAAUCCCAUCACGUCCCGCGUGGUGACGACGUUCAAGAAGCGCUUCCGCCGCUACCACCUGCGCUACGCCAUCGACAAGUCCGAGACGGCCAAGAGCACCAUGUUCGAUGUGGACGUGCUGCAGGCCAUGAAGUGGGCCGCUGCGAGCUGGGACGAGAUC